AUGAUUGCCGAACACUUGCCUAUUCAAAAUGUUGGUUCGGCUGUUCUGAUGUGCGGGCCUCCUCCAAUGAUUAAUUAUGCUUGCAAUCCGGCCUUGGACAAAUUAAAUUUCCCUGUGGAAAAUCGUUUUGUCUUCUAA